GAUGAGCUAAAUGCUAAACCAAGCUAACCAGCUAAACCAAGACCUUGCAGUAAACGUCAAAUAUGACAAGCAUGUUAUCAUGACAUGUAGGAUUAUGACAGACCAAUCUACUAUCCAAGAGAGAAAUCGUCUGAGGAACGCAUGAUGUUUAGGAACCUCCCUUUGAAUAAUAUUCUAAUCUGAAGGCGAUGUAAUGUGUAAGGAAUGAGACAGGCUGUUAGUGUGUGCUGGGUGAGGGCGUGAAUGAAGCAGCUGCUUUUACAACAGCUGACGUUAACUCUGCCAUGUUAACAAGAGAGCAUCAGUGUUGAGUAUAGGAUGUAGAAGUGGUUGGUACUCAGUGCAAUACUCAAGUACCCUUAAAUUCAGUGAGCUUCGGUAGGUUUCCUUGUCUCUCAUUCACAUAUUGUCAAAGUUGAGUUGUAAGUCAUGCAUCAAUUAACUUAUUUAUGUGUCAAGGGCAAAACGGCUGUUAAAAUAAACCCACCACUUAAAGUUUGUUAGUACAGUAUAAGGAUACACCAAUUGCAGAUUUAAGUACAUUUAUUUUGCAUUUUUUUGUGUUUAUUUUACUUUUUUUAUUUGCUUAACUUGCCUAUGAAAUAGAAGAGGGGAAAUAUUGAAAAGCACCAUUGUUACACUUAAUGCACAAGAAAACCCCCUAGAAAUUAUUCUGUAGAGACUGAUGGUGAGAGAAGUUAAAUUGAAAUAGAUUGAUGGAUUUUUUUAAAAUUUUGUUUUGUUUUUUUAAACAACGAUUUAACAUGACAUCAUGAAACAAUGUGUCAUGGAAGAACCGAACACCACACAUUGCUGCCUGUAUGUAUGCUCUUUCAGAUUGGUCCAUUGCAUGUCAACUGAUGAUACCACCAAGAUGCUAUGCUAUACUAUACGGUGUGACACUUUGAGCUCUGAACUGAGGACAAAUAUAUAAGCCUUUAGUCACUUUGUUCUAUAGAUAAGUACAGUACAGCUCCAAAGGCGGCCUCUUUCCCAGCAGAGAGCAGUUCUGCAGGGUACAAUGCUACAGGAUCUAGUGAUGUCACCACCGAUUGUCCACUGUACAACAAUGUGGCCCUCACUGUGUUCUUCGGUGGCAUCCCAGCGUUGGGGACAAUGAGCUCCACUGUCCCAUCGGCCCCCAGCUCCAGGCCGCGGCCUCCUACGGCAGCCUCUGUCCAUUCAGGGCGCUCAGGGGUGGUAUGUGGCCUAGCCGAUCCCACGUCCGACUGCUCAACAAGAGCAUUAUGCAGCCGGUGGGCUGCGCUGUCCACGUUUAGCAUUCUGGUCCUGGUGCGGACGCUUGACUCUGCUCUCCCCCUCUCAUUCUCUCUUUCUUCAUCACACCCAGAGAAGGCACACUGCGCGGGUGUGCUGCUGCCACUCGGGCAUGCGAUGAGCCGCAACAUUCGCUGAAGUUCCCCUGCCCUGGAUUUCCCCCAACUCUCCUUCCAAAAAAAAAAAACGGUAAAAGAGAAGAAAAAAAAUAGGAAAAACUAAAUUUGAUCUUCCAGGCUGGCUCGGGGGCCCCUAACAGCCUGAAGUUCCAUGGGGAACACCAGCAUCACUGAGGGCCGGACGGCCCUCAACCUGGGCGCUACCUCUUUGAAACGGGACAAGACCAAGAUCCAGAUGGGCAGCUCGUCCAUCAGCCGGGGGAAGAGCACCACGUCGCUGGGCACCUCCACCAUCACCAGUGGCAAGACCAAGAUCUCCAUGGGAAGUGCCUUCUUCACCCGAGGAACCAAGACCACAUCUUUCCGAAAGGCAUUCUUGCCCAAGCGGAAAACCCUCUAACCACCUAGGGGGAACCUCAAUAGUG